AUGUUCCUCUCUAUCUUCCAUCUGGCAGAAGCUAUCCUUGCGGUCCUCUUCAGUAUUGUCGUCUUCAACACAUGGGGCUCUCGAGAUGCAACGUUCGACUAUGUGGUUGUUGGUGGAGGCGCAGCGGGUAUCACCGUUGCUGCACGGCUGGUCGAACACGGUUCUCGAGUUGCACUCGUGGAAGCAGGUGGCUAUUACGAGAUUAAGCACCCCAUUUCUCGAAUACCGGGGGCUGCUAUUCUAGGUAUCGGCGCCGAUCCAAAGAUGUCAUCAUCUGUCGACUGGGGCUUCGUGGUCCAUGGGGGUACAGGUGUAGGCUAUCGCGAUAUUCACUACCCCAGGGGAAAGUGUAUGGGUGGAUCGUCCGCUGUAAACUUCAUGAUAUACCAACGGCCGUCGAAGGAUGCCAUGAGCAGAUGGGCUGAGCUUACUGAUGACUCCAGCUACCUGUUUGAACAUAUAUUUCCAUUCUACCGGCGAACAACCAACUUCACACGUCCUCAAAAUAGAGCAGGACUAUACAACGAAUCUGCCUUCAGCUCUUUGGGCGGUCCUUUGCACGUAUCGUAUCCGGAAUCUCCCAUGCCAUUUUCUGAAUGGGCACAGGCGGCUUUCACAGAGGCUGGAAUACCUGAAGUAGAGGAUUUCAAUAGCGGCUCAAUUCUUGGUCACCAGUUCUGCACGAUGACAAUACGAGCAACCGAUCAAACAAGAAGCAGCUCCGAGUCUGCAUUUAUAGGAGCGUCACAUUACAGUGAUUUGACGAUAUAUCAGAAGACCCUGGCAGACAAGAUUUUGUUCAAUAAUCAAAGUCGAGCGAUCGGGGUAAGAGUCAAGCAAUUUAAGGCGCACACUUUGAAAGCACGAAAAGAGGUUAUUAUCUCCGCAGGCGCAAUUCAAUCCCCGCAACUCCUGAUGGUUUCCGGCAUCGGCCCCGCGGAUAUACUUCAAAAGUAUGGGAUCCAAAUCAUUGCCGACCGUCCUGGCGUGGGUCAAAAUAUGUGGGAUCAUGUUUUCUUUGGACCAUCGUACCCAGUCGCUGUGAAAACCUUCACCGGGAUGACGCAGAGCAAAGAUGAGCUUUUAACCCAGGUUCUGUAUUGGAUUUUUUGGCAUAGAGGAUUCUUGACGAAUCCAUCAACGGACUACAUUGCAUUUGAAAAGCUUCCACUGGCAUACCGAUCGAUUCUCUCCUCUCAAGAUGAGGAAGCUCUUUCCUGGUUUCCUGCAGAUUGGCCCGAGGUAGAGUAUUUGGCGGCCGCUGCUUAUGUGGGCAACUACUCGAACCCCUUUGGGCAGCAACCUGUGAAGGGUCAAUAUGGAAGCAUUGUUGCCACUCUCGUCGCACCCACCUCACGCGGGAAUGUCACUAUACGAUCGCCAGAUAUGACUGAACCACCGAUCAUCAAUCCAAAUUGGCUGGAGACUGAGACCGACCAAAGGAUUGCAAUUGCCUCCUACAGGCGAAUCCGGGAGAUAUUCAAAACCGCCGUCAUGAAGUGCGUUCUUACUGGAACAGAGCUUUUUCCGGGGCCCCAGGUUGAAACGGACGAGGAGAUACUCGAAGUGGUCAAGCAGUCGGUGAUGACCAUUUACCAUGCUGCCUGUACUUGCAAAAUGGGGGUCCAAAAUGACACUAUGGCAGUCGUUGAUAAUCGUGCAAGAGUUUUCGGGGUGUCCGGACUGAGAGUAGUUGAUGCCAGUGCUUUCCCGUUUUUACCUCCGGGUCAUCCUCAAUCCACUGUUUAUAUGCUGGCCGAAAAGAUUGCAGCUGACAUUGCAGCCUCGUGA